CGGCCCUGCGACUCCCUGACGCCAGCGCGAGGAGACCAGAGACAGGCAGCGGUAUAGUAUGGGAGCGUUGAGAGCGAGCUUGAUAGCUUGUUAUAAGGUGUCCUGUUCAGAAGUUCUGUCCUGAAGCUUUGAAGACCAAGGACUACCCAGCCAUCUCAGUGGCACCUAAAAAAAUACAACAGCAGCUUUUAACCUCCAACUUUUUCCCUCACCAAGUGGACUAUCUCUCCAUUGUAAAACCCAACCCCGCACACUCACGUGUAGCGUCCCGACAACGCCACGGUCGCAAGAGGCGACAGACACGAACGUCACCAUGAACGUCACCUCCCUGUUCUCCUUCACCAGCCCGGCCGUCAAGCGCCUCCUCGGCUGGAAACAAGGAGACGAAGAGGAAAAAUGGGCGGAGAAAGCCGUGGACGCGCUGGUGAAGAAACUGAAGAAGAAGAAGGGAGCAAUGGAGGAGUUGGAGAGGGCUCUGAGCUGCCCGGGUCAGCCCAGUAACUGUGUCACCAUCCCUCGCUCCCUGGAUGGAAGACUCCAGGUGUCCCACAGGAAGGGCUUACCCCAUGUUAUCUACUGUAGGGUGUGGAGGUGGCCUGACCUGCAGUCUCAUCAUGAGCUCAAGGCUCUGGAGUGCUGUGAGUACCCGUUUGGCUCCAAGCAGAAGGAUGUCUGCAUCAACCCGUACCACUACAAGAGAGUGGAUAGUCCAGUGCUGCCCCCGGUGUUGGUCCCGCGGAAUAGCGAGUUCAAUGCCAAACACAGCAUGCUACCACGCUUCCGCAACCCUCUGCACCAGAACGAGCCCCACAUGCCCCAGAACGCCACCUUCCCAGAGUCCUUCUCCCAGGCGAACACCCAGAUGAACUUCCUCCAGACACAGACACACUCCCCUGGGGGGAACAGCUACCCCGGCUCCCCUGGUAGUGGUAGCAGUGCAACCUUCCCCCACUCCCCCACCAGCUCUGACCCAGGCAGCCCAUUUCAGAUGCCAGGUGAGCCGCCAGGUCAGAUGCCAGAGACCCCCCCUCCAGCCUACUUGCCCCCAGAGGAGCGGAUGACUCAGGACUGCCCUCAGCCCAUGGACACCAACCUGAUGGUCCCCACGUUGCCCCUGGAGAUCAGCAACAGGCCAGAUGUUCAGCCGGUGGCCUACGAGGAACCUAAACACUGGUGCUCUAUAGUGUACUACGAGUUGAACAACCGGGUGGGCGAGGCAUUCCAGGCCAACUCUACCAGCGUCCUGGUCGACGGCUUCACCGACCCGUCCAACAACCGCAACCGUUUCUGCCUGGGCCUCCUCUCCAACGUCAACCGCAACUCAACCAUAGAGAACACCCGGCGACACAUUGGCAAAGGAGUCCACCUGUACUAUGUGGGUGGUGAAGUGUAUGCUGAAUGUCUGAGUGACAGCAGCAUCUUCGUCCAGAGUCGGAACUGUAACUACCACCAUGGCUUCCACCCCACCACCGUCUGUAAGAUCCCCAGCGGCUGCAGCCUCAAGAUCUUUAACAACCAGGAGUUUGCUGAGCUGCUGGCCCAGUCCGUCAACCACGGGUUUGAGGCUGUCUACGAGCUGACCAAGAUGUGCACCAUCCGCAUGAGCUUCGUCAAGGGCUGGGGUGCAGAGUACCACCGCCAGGAUGUGACCAGCACCCCCUGCUGGAUUGAGAUCCACCUGCACGGUCCUCUGCAGUGGCUGGACAAGGUGCUAACCCAGAUGGGCUCCCCCCACAACCCCAUCUCCUCCGUGUCCUAGACAAAACUUUCCCCAGGCCCCAGGGCUGUCCAAACCCAGCAUUUAGGUUCCAGUGGAAGGGUGGGAUAGGUGGGUUUCAGGGUGGGGGACAAUUCUAAUUGAAAUCAGUCAAUUCAGGAAGUAAACUGGAAUUUCAAGAGAAUCUAAAUUAAAAUUGGAAAUUCAGUUUAUUGACUGUAUUGACUGAAUUGAAAUGGAAUUGACCCCAACCCUGGUGGGUUUGUACUUGAGGGAUUAUGUCUGAAAUUGGGCACAUUGCAGACUGGGAUGUGUGGUAGGGGCGAGAUAGAAGCAUCUGGAAGAUACUUGAUCUUUGUGACCAACUGUAAUAAUUAUCAAUCAGACUCGAAUCAUUAUAAACUAAUCAUCAAUUCAGCAUUACGCAAAGUAUCCUCCUCAUAUGGGGCCCAUAUUCAGAAAGAGUCUGAACGAGGAUCAGUUUGGCCUUUUAGAUCAUAAUGAAUAAAUGUAUAUGGACUGGGGGGACCUGAACAUAGAUCAGCACUCUAAUACAUGAAUAUGGGUCCCUGAUCUUGUUCUGGCAGUUUUUCCCCUCUUUCUUUCCCCUUCCCCUGUGUUUUGGGUUAACAUUGGAAACCCAUACAGCCAGUUUCAUGUGUUGCUACAACGAAAAAUGUGUACAGAAUUGGAAGGAUUGGAAGACAACCAAUAUGGAUGAAAAAAAUGUAGAAAUAUUAUGUUUCUUAUGAACAUAUUUAGAAUGUAGGAAGAUACUGAGGUCAGUAAAUACAAAUGUCUCUUCAGAACCCUACAUUUUGUAGUUUUUUUUAGGUUUUGGCAAAUAAAAAGAGUUGAAGAAAAAGACCCCUACAUAAAAUCCCUUUAGAUUAUUUACAAACCCUGUCAUGAGGAGAAAUCGGGAGAGGGCGUCCGUGGGAGCGGGGCGGGAGAGUGAGGUGGGCAUUGUGGGAUUGUGCUCACAGGACAUAAGAUUUUAAAAAUUGUACAUAAAUAAAUACUUCUCUUGUGAUACACCCGUGUUACAACUGAACUUAACGACUUGAAUCGUGUUUUAGGCAUACUCAACAUUAGAUCAAAGUGCUGUGCAGUCAGUUUUGCAAACGCGUAGUUUGGUUUAGUGUAGCAAAUCACCGUUUGGCUUGUUUAGGUAGUGACUGAAGAAUGACACGAGGCAGAGACAGAGACGGGCACAAGCGUAUGAUAGUUCAGUUUGACCCUAGCUGUGCAUGGUACAGCAAAAAAAGAAAAUAAUCAAUUGUAGAGUCACAUAGAGCCCCACAGUGGAGGUGUCAUAAUACCCAUAAAACCUAGUGGUCAAACAGGGAAAUGGUUCCAAUCAUUUUUCCCAUAGGGGAUUUUAGAAACACUUCAAAUAAGGACUGUGUUUUGAAACUUACCCUGGCGUGACAUUUUUGAUAACUAUGUAAAUCGCUCUUGGACAAGGUGACUUUUAUCAGUAUAUUAUGCUAUUUACUCUCAGAUUUGAAAAUGCUAAUUAACAUCAAAGUAGACAUCAUGCAAAACUACAAAUCCUUUCAAGCUCCUGCAGGUCAUCACUAGCUGAUACCUUUGCUAACAGGUAUUGUCCAUUCAGAACUUGCACAAGACAGUUAACAGAAUUGUUAAUUUAAAGAAAUGUAACCAAUUUAUUCAUUACUACAUUUAGCUAACAUUAGAUAGUUAAUUCAGAGAUUCUUACCUUUGCCUCGAUUCGGCAGGCUCGUCCAGAUCAUCAUGGCAUUUAUAGUUCUUUAUGAUAGCCACAUGAGCAGCUAAUUAGCGUUUCAUUUUUGGGGGCGAAUAUAUUACUAAGUCACCUUGUCCUAGAGAGAUUUACACGGUUGUCAAAACGUCACGCCAGGGUAAGCCUUCAUGAAAUACAGCCCUCAUUGAAAUGUUUCUAAAAUCCCCUAUGGGAAAAAUGAAUGGCAGAAUGACGAUUGGAACCAUUUCUCUGUUUGACCGCUAGGGUUUAUGGAUAUUAUGACACGUAAAACAAUGGCAUCCUUCAGAACUUGUUGACCGAAAAAAAAGAGUAGUUUCACUGGUGAGUAAGUUACUGAUGGCCCUAAUACAUGACUGUUUUUGUCUUUCAAUUAUUUUAGGCUUAGAAAACCCCAUCCGCUAUUACAAGUUGUAUUGAUUUUUGUAUUUUUAAAAAAUAUGUUUUCUUGUUGUUUCUUGUUAUCUGCACUUUCACGGAUUGUUGCCUCUUCUCUUUUUUUUUCUUUUUUUUCUUUUUUUUUUCCUUUGCGCUGUUUUUGCUGAGUAGUACUCCCAGAAAGCAGUUUUAUUCCAUGAAUAUCAAGUCUCUACUGGAAGAUUCAAUAAAUAAAGUUGUUUCAUUA